UGUGUGACUUGCAUAUGGAAACUACGGCUGCAGGCAGUUUCUGGAUCAGCAUUACACACAAGGCAAAUAAUAUACAUAUAAAUUUAAUCUAAGUGAUUGAGUGCAUCACCAUUGGUCUAGUAGUUAAUAGUACUACUAGUACUAUUCACUCCCCUUGUCCAUCUGCAGAGGAGCAAGGGAAGUGUUCAAUUUGCCAAUAGGCUGAAGUGAUUUCUUUAUUAAACCAUUUCAUGGCCAUUGACGGUGGAAGGAGCCUCCUGCAUUCCUAUAGAACUGCCAUGCUGAUUUUUAAAUAGACCUCCUGGAAGUUGGAAUGCAAUCAGUACAGUUGAGAGAAUUCUAUUUCCUUGUUCAUUAUUUGAUGUGCAAUUAGAAUGGGAGGAGAAAAAGAAAGAGGAGGAGAACUUAUGGAACUAAAGGAUUCUUUCCUGCCUUUCCUGUUCUAUAAAUUACUUUUGAAAUAUUUUGAGUACACCACUUCACAAAAGAUCUGUAUCGAUGCUUCGCGAUCUAGACUCCCAGGGCAAACAAUAUGAUCAUCUUCCUUCUUGCCUCUUUGAUAUUCUUGGCCACACUGCAAAGCUGCACUGCUGACUCCAGUCCUUUCCUUUGCGAUUAUGAGGAAUUUCUAGAGAUAGCCAGACACGGACUAGAGAAGACAUCCCACCCAAGACACGUGGUGAUCGUGGGAGCAGGAGUCGCCGGGCUCAGUGCAGCCUAUGCUCUCACCGAGGCGGGGCACAAGGUGACAGUACUGGAAGCCAGCGAGCGUGUGGGAGGACGAACGGAGACCUACCGCAUGAUUGUCCGUGAGUACAUUAGAAAGUUUGGCCUGAGGCUGGCAGAGUUUGUUCAGGAGGAUGAUAAUGCCUGGUAUUUGCUCAAUAACAUCAGGAGAAGAAUCUGGGAGGUCAAGAAGAACCCCAGCCUCUUGGGCUAUGAGGUUGAUCCCUCUGAAGAAGGCAAAACUGCAGAUCAGUUGUAUCAGGAGUCCCUUCGACAGCUCCCAGAAUCCCCAGACAUCAUGGCAGAGGAAUCCAGGAAUCCAAUAUUUAAUCAAGGUAGCAAACUGAGUCGUGGAGCUGUCCAGAUGAUUGGAGACAUAUUAAACGAAGAUUCGGGAUAUUACUUGUCUUUUCUUGAGAGCAUGGCAGAUUAUGAAAUCUUAUCGUCAAAGUUUGAUGAAAUUGUGGGAGGCAUGGAUCAGCUGCCCAGAGCCAUUUACAGUACCAUCCCAGGACUGGUUCAUUUCAAUGCCAGAGUCAUCAGGAUAGAGCAGAACGCCCACACAGUCAAUGUGAUUUAUCAGACCCCAGGGAAAACAGUGUCAAGUGUGACUGCCGAUUAUGCCAUUGUCACCUCCACAACCAGGGCCACACGACGCAUCUAUUUUGAUCCACCUCUUUCGCCUAACAAAACAAACGCCCUGAGGUCCACCUACUACAGGAGUGCCACCAAGAUCUUCCUUGCUUGCAGACAGAAGUUCUGGGAACGGGAUGGUAUUUAUGGUGGGAAAUCCACAACAGAUCGCCCAUCCCGAUUCAUCUACUACCUUGCCCAAAACUUUACAGGCGGCGUUGGUGUUAUCUUGGCUUCCUACGUCCAAGGGGAUGACUCUCGUUUCUUCCUGGCUCUCAGUGAUGAGAAUGUCGUGAAUAUCAUAAUGGAUGACCUGGCAGCCGUCCACCAGAUGCCCAAAUGGGAGAUCCGGAAUCUCUGUCCCUCUGCAGUCGUAAAGCGAUGGAGCCUGGAUCAGUACUCUAUGUGUGCCUAUACUGCCUUCACCCCUUACCAGUUUAUAGAUUAUAGUGAGACUCUCGGGAUGCCAGAGGGCAGAAUCCAUUUUGCUGGGGAACAUACUGCCAAGCUUCAUGGCUGGCUAGAUACGACAAUAAUAUCAGGGCUGAGAGCAGCAAAAGAAAUAAAUGACCUCUCAUCUGGGAAGCAGUGGUUAGGAAUAAGACAGACUGGCAAAAAUGAACUUUAAGUAGGAGUUUUUUUGGGAGGGGGGGAAGGAGAAUGCUUAGUGAAAGCUGCAUCUACAUCAUUCCUCCAAAAGUUAUUUGUUUAAAAUUACAGAGCCCAGAAUCCCCAAACACCAUGGCAGAGGAAUCUGGGAAUCAUAGUCCAAACAUUUGACGUUUCCAAAUAAGAGUUUUAACCCAGAAUAAUUCAAAACAUCCAACAGCUGAAUAUGCAACCAUGCUGGAUUUAUAGCUAUGCCUUUUGUUUUGUUCUGUAAUACUAAGACUGUCUGCUUUUUGAACAGCAAGAUAAAAAUAGAAUAAAAUUACAUGGG